UCUUUAAAAAAUAAGAACUACGUUUUUAAUUUUAUAUCUAGUUCUAUAAAAUUAACAUUAUAAAUGCAUUUAAUUAUGACUUCAUUAAAACCGGACGACGUUAAGGAUCUUUUUAAUAAAGAAUACGAUUUUGUAAGCACUGUAUUAAAGCAAGUGAAGCUGCCCGUGCGAGUAGAAGAUUCAGGUAGGUAAAUUAAUUAUUAUUACAAACAUGUGCAUUUUCGGUUAAUUUAUGGAAAAUAAGUUUUUUUGAGAAAGUAUUUUUAUACUAUAAUAUUUUUGGGUUUUCUAGCAAACACACUUAAGUUAGUUUUAAUAAUUUUUACAUAACUGUGACAAGAAAAUACACUGAAAAUCAAAAAAUGACUUCCAACGUAUUAACUAGAACAAAAAUUGUACAAGAAAAUUCUUAUAAUGUUUGAUUGGAUCAUGAUUUCUGAUAGAAGUUAACAGAUUUGUUUAUGUAGGUACUUAUUGUCAAUUUAAUUGAUAUUAUUAUUUAAGAUUCAAAGAUUAUUGAGUCAGAAAAAAAGGUCUUCUGGGUGUUUUUAUAAACCCAAAUAUAUGAACUACUUACAAUUGAAGUCUGGCUCUCGGGGUUAAAAAAAAAACUCAAAAUCGAAAAACGCCAAACACAAAUAUUUAAUGUGCUUCUUCGUUUUGCCAAUGUUCCAAAAUUUCAUUUUCGAUUUUCCAAUUUCCUGCAGACAUAUGACCAAUUUAAAAGUGUGUGUUCUUUGACAAAUUUUGAUCUCUGAAAGUCUCUCUUGGGGUCAAAAAACUAGCUAUAUAUUUUCUUUCCUCCUUCUUUACCUAAUCAAUGUUCUACAGUUAGAAUUUCCAAUUUCCUGCAAAAAUAUAUGACAGUUUAACACUUAAAUUUGUUUUUACGUACCCAAAAGCCAUGUUGUUGAGAAAGGUAAAAUUGUUAUAUCAUAGUUUUGACUGUCUGGCAUUUUAUAAGGUCAUUGUGCUAAUAGAAAACCACUAUAGCAUUUUUUUGGUCUUUUUAAAUUUUGUCCACAAACAGGCACCUCUUAACCUGUUGUAUCUUGACAGGAAAAGGUAAACUCAAAAUUUCAUUCACAGGACAUUGGUCAGAUAGAAAACAUAUGUAGGUAUUUGACGUUUUUUGAUAUUUAAACAUUUUAACCUUUAGAGCAAACCUUCAAUCUUACAUACUUUAUACUCUUACCUAUACAUAUUUGUUAAAUAUAUGUCAUAUUAUAAUAACCAUUAAUAACUUAAUUUUAUUCAUUUUUUUCAGAGUCUGAAGACAGUGAUAAUAAUGAAAAAGUUAGAAGUAUGUGUAUAUUAGGUUAUUUUUAUUCAUACAGAAUUUGUAAUUUUUAUGUCUUGUUAUAUUUUAUUUAGAGCCAAUUCUAGCAAGUGAUGAAAUAAGUAGAGCUCAAAGUUUAGAUGAACUUCAUACAAGACUUGCUGCGAUAAGAGGUAAAGUUUUGAGUUUCACAAUGCCAUUGAUUUUUUUUCUUAUCUUUAAAAACUUAAUAACUUCCUUUUUUAAAAUUAUAAAAUAUUUAUUUUAGAAUCUAUACGUUUUCAAAAAAAAAAAAAAAUAGUAUAUAAAUAUUUUUUAUAGGAAUAAAUGAUAACAGUGGACUAUUCAGAAUUUUAGUAGGUACUGUGGGCCAGCCAGCUGUGUAGUUAAUGGGUAUUAAGUACAAAAAUCACUAUCAAAGUGAGAUUUGCUUAAUUUAUUUCAUAUUUUGAUACAAAUUAAUUUAAUUUAUUUAUAAAACAUAAAUAAAAGAUAAAAACUUGUAUAAAAAUAGUUAAUAUUAUUAAUUUGUAUUUGUUAAAUUUAAUUAACUGUUAGUCAAUUGAUUGGUUAUCCACAUAUUAAAACAAUCUCAUAGAUCAGUUUUAGUUAAAUCUAUAAAAUACUACUUAAUAAUUAUAAUUAGAAAAAAUUGACAUAAUUUUUUUUUUUUUAAUCAAUUUUUAAUUGAAAGUAGUCGAAUAAAAUACAAAAAAAAUAAUAUUAUUGACUUUAAACUUCAUAUUUUUUUCAUUACUUUUAUCAUUUAUCGAAAAAGAAAUUACAAGAAAUACAGUAAACAAAAAAAUAAUGUAUCAUAAUAAUUAUACUCGCUUUUUUUCACUGAACACUAUUUAUACAACAAUAUGAUAAAUAUUAAAUAAUACCAUGUACAUAAAGAGAAAAAAUAAUUGAAUUCCCUUCCCUAACUUCAUUUCUAUAAAAUAUUUUAUCAAAAAUUAUUUGAGAGAGUAUGUUUCCAAAUAAUUAACUAAUAAAUGUAUAAUAUAAUAGGUUGAUAGUAUUAAGUUAUUCUGAACCUAUAUGCUCAAACAUGACUUCAGAGCUAGGGUUUUCUAGGUUCAACCUCUCCCCCAUCCUAAAAUUUGAUCUUAACAUUUUUAAAUAUUUAUUGGUUUGUUUAAAAUAAGACUUCUCUUGAAGUACAAACUUUGCUUCGACUAUUGAAUAUAGUUCGUUAAUAUCCAUAUUAAUUAUAAUUUAAUUUAUUGCAAAAGAAAAAAAAAUGAUCAUUAAGAAUGAGUUUUUAUGAACAGAUCAUCACUGAUGACAGUAUUGAAAUGAUGGCGAUUUGGCGGGUAUGUGUGAACGCAUAAUAAAUUGUUUUUCUAUUUAUACUAUUUAGGUACUGGCUACACUGACCCGGUGUUGUUUGGAAGUAGUCAGUGACAAGCUGAGUAAUAAAUUACUAACCUGUUGGGUUGGCCAACACCUAUGAAGGUGUCUUCACAACUUACCAUAAAACGUGAUAAUUUACAAUUUGUUCACUGUAUGAUUGAUACAAUUUAAAAUAGUUGACCCAUUAUCAUUAAACUGUAGCAAACUACGGUCCGAUUAGGAUUGAAAUCAACUAUCCGGUUAAGCUGUAUAGGGAAAGUAUUAAAAUCGAAAAUGAUGAUUGAACUCUGGUUAACCACUACAUAAUAACCACAUGGUUCAACCACAGUCCUAGAAUAUUUCACGUUUCAUGGUAAGCUGUGAAGACAUCUUUAUGGUAUAUUUUUAUUCUUGUGACUUUAGAGUUUUACGAUAGUACCACAAAAUCAACAUUAUGGCUACCAAAACAUAUAUUAAUAAUCGCAUCCAAAAAAUAUUUAUUUUCUUCACAAGAACUUGUAUACACAUGCAUAGUUUCCUGCACUCCCAUAUAUUACAACCUAAACUCCUGUAUUUGAGCACAUAGUUUAUGGGCCCACACCAAAUAGCAAAUAAAGGUCAAUUGGGAUUAAACAUGUUCCUGUGUUCAAUGUAGAGGACACACACUAUAGGCUAGCCCGGAGGCCAAUAAAAUCUGAAUACGACCCUGCGUGAGUUUAUGAUCAAUCUAUGAUAUUAUAUGUUGGAGAAUGUUGUCUUGAUAUUCCAAAAUAUUCCUCUGUAUUUUAUUACUUAUUAAAUUUUAAUAAAUAAAUACUAAAUUGAUUUUAAAAAUAAUGUUAUAAAAUAAAAAAUAUAGAAACUAAAUUUUCUUAAAAUAUUAAACCGUAUAAUUAUGAAUUAAACUUAUAAAUUCCAUAGUUGGUUAUUCAUAGAUAACUCUUAAAGAAAACUUAAGAACCAUGUACAAAAAAAAGUCUUCAAAUAUCAAUUAAUAGAAAAGUAGUUAAAAUAAAUUAUGCCCGUUUUUAUUUUUAAGAAAUUUGAUUUUAAGUGUAUAAAUAAUUUUUUUUUUGUCUUUAGAAAAAAAAUAUACGUAUCGAGGGAAAAUAAUAAAAAAUAAACUUCAAAAUAAGAUUAAAAGAAAAAAAAAGAUUCAUGAAAAAUCCAAAAGUGAAAAAAAACCAACAGAUAAUAUUGAAAACCUGAAAGAAAAAUUAUCAAACGAAAAUGGAAUUACAAAUAGCAAGGCUAAAUUAGUAUUCAACCGAAUAAAUUUCUUAGGAGAACAAACUACAGUUGUACCACCUCCAACAAGUGCCAAUGCUAAAUUAGCUUUAGAUGAAAUUAAAACUAAACAACAAAUGUAUGUUGAGUUGGAAAAGUCUGGUGAAGCAGCUAAAGCUAAAGAAUUAAAAGAGCGUGAUGCAUGGAAAAAUGUAUUAGCAAAAGCUGAAGGGGUAAAAGUUAAAGAUAAUAUGGAAUUAUUAAAGAAAACCAUUGCUAGAAAAGAGAGACAAAAAAAAGUUAGUAAAACAAAAUGGGAAGAAAGAAAAAUGACUCUAGAAAAAACCAAAAAUGAAAAGCAAGAAAAACGUACCAAUAACUUAAUGAAAAAGAAACAGGAGAAAAAGGAGAAAAUUAAAAAGAAAGCUAUAAAAAAAGGUCGUUAUGUAACUGGUGUAAAUUAAGUUUAAAAUAAAAAUUAUUUUAUAUAUAUAUAAAAGGUGAUCUUAUAUAGAAAUUAUAAAAUGUUUUUUUUUCAUUAAGCAAAUCAAAUUAAAAUAAAUUAUACAACAAUUAUAUGUAAAAAAUUAUCCAGGUAACUCAUGUGUUCACUCAUCCAUUGAACUGGGGUUUCUUUGGGAAUACAUAUGCCAUGUGUAAAAACUUUAGCUGAAAAAAAUUAAGUAUUUUAUCAAUCUAAAAUUAUUAUAUUGUAUCAAUCAAACUUACGGUUAUCCAUUGACGGAUAAUGUAGUUUAAUAAGUUCCCCUAAAGUUAUUUGAUUUCCAUCAUCUGAAAUUGGUUUAACUAAUGUUUGAGUCAUACUAGUCGAACCUGAUUGAUAAAAAUGUAUGGGUAUAUGUUUAAAAUAAUUGCCUUCAGUUGGUUCCAUUAGUUUUUUAUUUUCUGACCAAAAUUGAUCAAAUUUAUCUAAAAUAUAAUAUUACAAUAUAUUAAAUAUAUGUGGAAUAACCAUAUACACUACUUACCAUUUAAUAAUCCAGUCCAUAGUUGACUAUGUUGAUGUCGUUGCAUGGUCGCAAAUACUUGACUUCUGUGUUUUAACAUAUCAGCUUCUUUCAUUGAUGACAUAAAAUUUGAUUCAACAGCAUCUCUGU